CGUGUGGCUGUAAUUGGUGGAGGACGACGCCAGCGACCAGUUCAAUUUCAACCAGAAGCUUACGUUGCACGCUCCUGCGACUUCGUUUGUAGCGGGGAAUCCAUUUGUCAACAUCCAACUUCUUUAAACAGUAUACGUUGUUGUCCCAAGGUAUUUGCAAUCCUAUCGCAAAAAUGAGACUGAUGAAUAUAACAUGCGUUUUGUUGGCUACAACAAUCUGUUGUGUCGCGGCCCAGGCUGCUGCUACAGGAAAGGAAGAUAAAAAUGCCAGUCAACAGUCACCGGAUAUAGCUGCUGUUAUUCCUCCUAAAAAUCCUCCAAGUACCGGACCUGUUGUUCCUCAAGCUACUGAGAUUACAAAGAAUGCUUCUGCCAAUAGUACCUCCAGUGGUAGCACUAAUAACACUACCAGUGUUGUAACUAACACUACGAAAGCUGCUAAGUCUACCAAGGAUAUACCUCUUAACACUACUGUACCCGAUGCUGUUACUCCUACUGUUCUCCCUGCUACCAAAGACAGUGUCAAACCAACCGACGCAAGCACCACAGUUAAACCUGAAAAUACUACCCAAUCAACCGUGUCCACAACAGCAAAGAUCGUAACUACUCCUACAAUUUUAACAACGGAGGCAACAACAAGUAAAAAUCCUACAACUACAGCUCCAAACAAUGCAUCAAGUGCUGUACCAUCACCUGCUACAACUGCGGUUCCAGUGUCAACAAAUGUAGCCCCACCAUCUCCAUCUAAAGAGCGACACUUCGAUGGCCUCAGUUUCUUAGGUGGCAUCAUCUUAGCUACAUCUUUGAUGGCAAUUGGUGUUCUCUCAUGGAAAUUUUACAAAACAUUCAGCGAACGGGACUACCGCACUCUAUGAUGCCGCGGAGGACGUCGCUAAAUAUUCCAUUUUCAACAAGUAAACACAGUCGUUUGAACUGAAAACUAUGAAUUUUACCGUUCCAAUAUUGCGUAUUUUUAUAACGCACUUAAGUGUCGCGUGAUUUAAGUGCUCUUAGUAAUGUGAUGUGUAAACGCGGUUCCGUUUCUUUGUACUAAAAAAAAAGGAAAAAACAAAAAGAAAUUACACGCUGAUAUAGUAUUGUUUUCUCUGUACU